AUGUCUGCGCCAAGGUAAGAAACUUUGAGCUUCUUUCACUGACACAAUUAGUAGAAAAGAAAGUCGAAUGUGAUCAGAUCAGCUGACUUUUGUUCAUGACGCUGAUCAAACAUUGUCAUUUUUAACUCAUGCACGCACUACGUGAUCCGGACAAAGUUUUCAGUAUUCGCUUAAAUAAAGAAAAAAAAAGGGAAGAAAUGAACACGAAUUAAGUAGGAAAAUAAAAAUAGGGUAUUGACAUUGUUAACAUCACAUUUUUCUCCCUCUCGUUGUGUAUAAAGUAUAGUAAAAUAUUACAUAACUAUGAUAAGUUUGUUCUUUGGAACCUCAAUGAUACAAUGCAUGGUGAUAUUGUACGUAAACCUCCUCUGGCGACAUCUGCUGGUCAUUGUAUGAAACUUCAACAACAAACCAAAAUUUUAGGCCCUGAAAUGGCCAGUACCUGGUUUUUAUUAUUAAAGAGAAGUCUAAAUGCAAAAAAAGACAAUCAACUUCAUUUCAACACUUCAGCUUUAAGGUUUUGCCAUCUGUUUUUCUGUACAGGAAGGAGCUCAGUGGGGCCUUGUGCCGCUACACCAUUGACACCCUCAUCUAUAUCGACACAGUGAGGAAAUUCUGCCAGAGGAUCUCUAAAUGGAUGCUGGGCAGAGAGUCAGAGCUGAACAUGAUGAUGGAUAUCAAAGAAAGGGCUGACAGGAUUGAUCUAGACAUCCGCCAUGUAACCAAGUCAGAGAGUAAAGGAAAAGCCUUUAUGGAGUAUAUGAAGAGCAAGGUAACGCAGGUGACCGCCAACAGCAGACGUGAGGAGCUGGAGAAUGAGCUGACUGCUGUGCUGAAAGACACUUUGUUAGAGCUGGAGAAGCUCCGCUGUUUCCUGGAUGCAGUGGAGAGGCUGGCAGUCACCUCACUUUAUGUGUUCUCAGAAGAGGGGGAGGUGGUGUUUCACCUGCCAAAAGGGGUCCACCCUGACGAUAUUCAGUUUGCAAUCGCUGCUGCACGACUGACCUGCCCUCUGCUUCUGGAGUUUAAAAGAGAUGCAGCUGUCUUCUUCCUUCCUAAACUGCAGAAUGUGGAAGUUCUGGCAUAUCAGCUGGACAGAUACAUCCAGACCACCCAAAGGAUCUGUGGGAUGAUGGAGAAAAGGUAAGGUGGCAUUCCUUUAAAGUAGUGUGCACAUUUUGUUCAACAGAAGCCUGUUGACGUUAUUAAAUGUGUCUGUGUCUCAACAGCACUUUCAGUGACUUUGACCUGAAGAUGACUAAGAAGACUGAGGUGGACCUGAGUGUGGAUCUGUCUGAAGAUGAGGUGCAGAGGAUGCUUUAUCACAUCAAUCAGCUGGAUGACAUCAGGUUAACAUUAUACAUUGAGGAUUUUUAUAGACUCUGUGCAAGAUUGUACCAUUUCCUGGAUUGUAAUUGUGAUCCAAUGAAAUAUUUCAAAGAUAUUUAUUUACACAAUGCAAAAUAACAGACAUACAGGCUUAUCUCAAGAAUAAAAAAUCUCAAAGGACUGAUAAAAAAAGGAUCAAUGAUACAGAAAUGUCACCCGUAGGAAACUGUUCAUUUCUGCUCUCUGUACAUGGUCUGCAUGAAUCACUGCAUCACUGUGGCGUGGUGUAGAGGUGAUCAGUCUGUGGCUCUGCUUGGGCGUUAUUUAAGCUCAGGUUGCUUUAAUCAUAAUAAUAAUAAUAAUAGUAAUAAUAAUAAAUGUUGUUUAUAAUGUGCUUUUACAGGUGCUCAAAGAAGCGUUACAAAAAAACGCAAUUUAAGAUACAGAGAAUUUUUAGUAAAAAGAAUAAAAGAACAGUUCACAGUUUAAAAGCCAAUUUAAAAAGGUGUGUUUUUAGGAGUGAUUUGAAAGUACGGGAGUCUGUACAGUCUCGGAUGGGGUUGAGGAGUGAAUUCCAGAGGGUGGGGGCGGCAGCGGAGAAGGCUCUGUCCCCCUGAGUUUGUUGCUUGGAUCGAGGGGGUAAGGCAAGAAGAUUUCCCUCUGACGAUCGGAGGGCACGGGAGGUGUGGCGCAUGUCUGUGAGGUAGGCGGCGGCCAGGUUGUUUAGUGAUUUGUGGGUGAGCAGGAGGAGUUUGAAUUGUAUGCGGUGUGAGAUGGGGAGCCAGUGCAGUUUUUGGAGGACAGGGGUGAUGUGUUCUCGAGAGUGAGUGAGCAGGCGGGCAGCAGAGUUCUGAAUGUAUUGGAGUUUAUUGAGGACUUUGGAUGAUGAGCUGUAUGGGAUGCUAUUGCAGUAAUCUAGUCUGGAUGUUAUGAAAGCAUGGAUCAGGGUUUCGGCAGCGGAGAAGGUAAGUGAGGGGCGGAGAUGGGCAAUGUUUUUGAGGUGAAAGAAGGCGGUCCUGGUGAUGUGGUUGAUAUGGCGGUCGAACUUGAGUUGGUUGUCAAAGAUGACUCGAAGGUUCCAGAUGUGAGGGGAGGACAACAGAGUGCAGUUGUCGAAGGUGAGGCUGAAGUUUAUACUGGUGUGGGAUGUGGGUCCGAUGAUGAUGAUGUUUGAUUUGUCACUGUUCAAUUGCAGGAAUUUUUUUUGCAUCCAUUUUUUAAUUACAGUGAGACAGUUGCUGAGUGUGGAGUGGGUGGUGUUGGGGAUUGCUUUGGUGGAGAUGUAUAGUUGGAUGUCUUCGGCAUAACAGUGAAACUGGAGUCCGUAACACACACACACACACACACACACACACACACACACACACACACACACACACACACACACAAGCACCCCGUGCUUCUCAUUUUAGACUUAUGUGUCUUAUUGUCUGUACUAUCAAUAUGUAGAUUAAAGUCACCCAGGAGGAGGACAGAUGGUGAGAUGGCAGGUAACUGGGUCAGAAAGUCAGCAAAAUCAGAGAGCAAGGAGAGAUGUGUUUUUUUUUGGGGGGGUGAUAAAUGAUGGCUGUGACCAGAGGAGAAGGACCAGACAGUUUGUGGGUGAGGUGUUCAAAUGAGAAGGGUGGAGGAAUGGGGAUGGUGGAUAUUUUUAUAUUUUUCCUGAAGAUGACAGCAAUGACACACAUGCGCGUGCACACACACACACACACACACACACACGGCUCUCUGUGCGGGGUUUGUCCAUAUAAGUGUGUCCUGUGGGGGUGGCUUGGUUUAGUGAGGAAUAGGUCAGAGGUGUUUGCUAGGUUUCGCUGAGAUAGAGAAAGUCCAAGUUAUUGUCAGUUAUAAAAUCAUCGUAAGGAGGCUAAUGUUGUUGAGGGAACGGGUGGUGAGUAAGGCCACUUUUAAGUGAUGUUGCUUUGUGAGGGGCCGUGAGGACCAGGGAAGUGGGCGCAGGUUGACUAGAUCAGUGUUUCUUGUGCUCAGUGGACGGGGGGCACCUGCAUCUGGUGGUGGUCUGAAUGUGAAAAGGUAAGCCAAAAACAUACAGGAUCCGUAUUGAGCGUGUUCCAUAUUUGCUCCAUAGAGCAGCAUUGGGUAUCGCAUAAGGUCUAAAAAAUGUGUUUUUGUAAGUUAAGACUGUUUAUGAGAGGUGUCAUUGGACCCAACAUGAACAACCACUCGAUCAUGACGACACUGAACUUGGCACCACAUUCGCCUAUGGUUGUGCUUAAAUUUUGAUUCCACCUUAGAUUAAAAAAAAAAAAAAACAAACAAACACGGUUUUGACCACUGGAUGGCAGUGUUCAUCUUAACAAAAGCCUAUGUUACAAUAGAUUCUGUCAUACCUUUUUUAAGCUCAAUUUUAUUCUAAAAUUCCACUGUAGGUAUAUGUGGGGCAUCAUUGCAAUGCUGGGGUCAUCUACUUUCAGAAUCAGUUUACAAAUUUCAUGGGAAAUCAUAUCUGACCUCUAAGGCGGCGCCCGUGGGCAGCAGCUGUGGGCUUCCCACCAUCACUGAUGACCCAUACCAUACCAUACCAUACCAUACCAUAACAUAAGGCGCAGUCCAAAGUUAGCAACUUUGACAUCCACUCCAUGCAAAUUCCCAUUUCUGAGUCGAUUUUUUUUCUCUCGAAAUUUUGGGGUAGAUAUUGACAUGUGGAGCAUCAUUGCAAUGCCUGGGUCAUCUACUUUCAGAAUCAGUUGACAAAUUUCAUGGGAUAUCAUAUCUUACUAGGCAUGAAAAAUUUGAUAUCACGAUAUUGGUGGCCCAAAAUAUCACAAUUCGCGAUAUUAUCACGAUAAUAGCGUAUCGCUUUUAACGUUAUUAAAAAUGGUUAAAAAAACUGCGUAGUUAUUUCUCUGUGCACAGCAUGACACGCACAAACAAUAUGAGCAAGAGGCAGCUAGCGCGACGUUGGGAGUAUUAGCUAUUUGGAGCUAAAGUUAGCAGAAACGUCACUAACGUUGUCAAUAAUAAGCAGUAGAGUAGACCAAACUUGUUGCGGUCAUGUUGUUUUUACCUUGAUUUGGGCGAACGAUGCUGGAUGGUGUUCACGUAGGUGGGCAUGUAGGUUUGAAGUGUGAGACAACCGCGCUGAAACUUCCUUACGGCAUAACCUGCAGAUUGGUGUCAGGUUUACCUGCCCCGUCUGUUUUGUGAAGCCAUAAAACAUUCAUACUGCCGACGAAACCUUUUUAAAGGAGGAUACAGCCUAGGCGUUUUGUCAUUCUCUUAUGCCGUAGAAUGCACCCCUGAUGGGAGCGCGGUUGAAAGUACAUUACAAGGCAAAAUAACCGUUGGGUGGACUCAAAGCGUGUGCCUUUAAUGAUUUCAUUCAGACUAUUCAGAUAAGCCAUAAACAAUAGCCCUCUGAUUCGGAAUAUUUGCUGUCCCGAAAAUAUAAUGCUCUCUACCUUGACAGCUUACUGUACAGUUUAUGUACCCAAGUACAUCUCUAUAUGACACUUAACCCACCUUGCUCCCAGUGUGUGUCCUCCACUGGUGUAUGAAUGUAAGUGUUGUGUGGUAGUGGUCGGAGAGGCCGUAGGCGCAAAAUGGCAGCCACGUUUCCGUCAGUCUGCCCCAGGGCAACUGUGACUACUAAGGUAGUUUACCACCACCGAAGUGUGACUGUGUGAGUGAAUGAAUGAUGUAUUCAAUGUAAAGCGCUUUCACGGUCUCUUAUAAAGCGCUAUAAGAAUUUUAAGCAUUAUUAUUAUUAUUAUUAUAUGUGCAUUUUUUGGACACAUAAAAACCGAACGAAAGUUUGCUGCUCCAUUUGACAUGUCAUGAUCCAAUACUCGUGUUUUUUGAAAUAUCAGAUCAUAUCUUCUCCACUUUGAGAAGCUAAUGAGUGGAUGGGAUGGAUUGUGGACACGCUCCAACAGUGCUUUGAGUGGCCGCAAUGCAUUGUGGGUGGCAGCGCAUUUUGUUGUAAAAUUUCUUCAUUUUCUCUUUUAAUGUUUCCCAUUUUUGAUAGGCUGGCAUUAAUGUACUUAAUUAGACAGUUUUUUGGACUUGGGACUGCUUUUGUGGUGAUUUGUUUGUACAUUUUGCUACCGAGGCUUUGACCCCGUGGGUAAGACUACAAGCGGGUAAGGUAGUUAAGUACUCGGCUUCGCUCACCUCCGCUGAGAGACGCUGCCACUCGUCUUUAAAUUACAAUUGUGGAACGAUUUUUACAGUACCUCACGAUUUCAUAAACUUUCACAUCCACUUCAUGCAAUUCUCAUUUCUGAAUCAAUUUUUUUCCAAAAUUCCACAGUAGAUUUUGAUAUUUGAGGACUCAUUGCAGUGCUGGGGUUGUCUUCUUUCUGAAUCAAUUGACAAAUUUCAUGGGAAAUCGUAUCUGACCUCUAGGGGACAGUCCAAAGUUGGCAACUUUGACAUCCAGUUCAUGGAUGAACUGUCCAUUUCUGAGUCGAUUUUUUUUCCCCAAAAUUCCACAGUAGUUUUUGAUAUGUGAGGAAUCAUUGCAAUGCUGGGGUCAUCUACACUUCAGAAUCAGUUGACAAAUUUCAUGAGAAAUCAUUUUGGACCCCUAGGGGGCAGUCCUAAUUUGGGAACUAUUACAUUCACAUUAUGCAAAAUUCCUAUUUUCUGAAUCGAAUGUGAAUGUAAUAGUUCAUAACUUUAGAGUGCCCCCUAGAGGUCAGAUAUGUAACGGAACAGGCUGUGGUUGUUUAUGGUGGUAACUUUAGGCCGGUAAGGUCAGCAGAGAUAGUAGCACAGGUAAAGACUUACAUGCGAGGGCUCCACAGAGGGAGACCACGGCAGAGAGUGGAUUCAGAAUAAAUACACAGGUCAGGGUUGGUCAGAUUCACCAGCGCAGGCCCAUAAACUGGGAUUGGUGAGUUUAAUCGGCCUCUGGUAAGCUGUGUUGGCGGUCCUUGUGGGGGUUAUCCCAAGUGUCUCAGGGAAAAUGUUGAGGCGUGUAGUCCAAAGAGUCCUCAAACCUGGCAGGGCAGAGUUUUUUGUUUAUUGACACUUUAUUUCCGCAUUGUGUUUGAGAUGAAUGUGUUCCUAUGAUCCAUGUAAAAAUACCAAACCAAGCGAUUAAAAACGCUGUAAAUGACCUGUUUUCCUCAGAUCACGGUGUGACUAAGGCGCUGGUUUGACUAGGGCGUCACCAUCUUGGCAUGACUGCUCCAGGAUUGCUUUGAUAGUAGCCCUCAGCACAUUUUACAUUUUACAGACUGAUGGGGACGCUUAUUGUAACUUAUCUCUCACCUACUUUUGUUAUUUCCUCUUUUCUCUUUAUCAGGAUGAACCAACACUUCCGACUGGUCUAUCUGUUUCUUGACAAAUCCUGCUCUAGCUUCCUGGAUGAGUUCAACAAUCGGCGAUCCCAGAUGCUGCAGUGUCUUGAUGAGCUAGAGGAAUCUGCUGUUCAGCUCGACCGUAUGAAUAAGGGCGCAAAGAUCUCCAGCGUGGUGGGCAGCUCAGUUGGGGCUGUUGGUGGUGUGCUCUCCAUCAUUGGUUUGGCCUUGAUUCCUGUCACAGCUGGUGUGUCUCUGGGUCUUACCAUGACUGGGGUAGGGCUCAGCAUCACUAGUGGGGUCAAUAGUGCGGUCACUACGGCAACAGAGAUCGGAGUAAACAGUACACAACAAAAAAGAGCUGGUGAGGUCUUCCAGAGGUUCAUGGAGGACAUGCAGAGUCUCCAGGAUUGUCUGGACAAGGCCAGCUCUCAAACAGUCACCAACCUAGAAGCAUGUCCUUUAGGAGCAGCUGUCGCAGUUGGCAAGGUGGUCGGUAAUGCUGGUGCUGUAGCAAGAGGUAUUGAUUCACUUGUUGAUGCAGCCUCUGCUGUCAAGUUGUUAAAAAGUGAGGAGGUGAUUGUGAGUGCUGGUAAGGUGGUGGCUCAGGAAGGUAAAGCUUUACGCAACGUCCCCAGGGUGGCUGCAGACAUCCCAGAUAUCGGACAGGCAGCAGUGAAGGGACCCCUUGCCCUCUCUAAAUCAGCCAGGGCAGGUCUCAUUGGGCUCAACGCUUUUUUCCUCGGCAUGGAUGUGUUCUUCAUCUGCAAAGACAGCAUUAGUCUGUCUAAAGGCAGCGAGACAGAGGUGUCUCAGUUCAUCAGGGCCAGAGCGACACUGUGGCGCUCAGAGAUUGACGCAUGGGGGAACAUCUGUGAUUCCCUGUGUGAAGGUUUGCAGACGUCGGACAAAAACAAAGCCCUCCUGGACACGCCUUUUUAUCCAGAGCUAGAGAUGGAAAUGAAGGAAGAAAUGGAAAUCAAAAUGAAUGUCCUCGCUGAUGAAGUUGAUAAAAAGAGUGGCAAAGAAGGAAAAGUUUGUGUUAUACAAUAG